AUGUCACGAUUCCAGGCGCCCUCGAAUGAAGACCGCGAUGACGUUUUCUCUGAAGAGGAGACACGAUUGGAGAAGCUGAUCGCCCCUCAAGCAGAGCCCAGGGAGUUCAAAGUGGUGUAUAGGAAUAUAAUAGUGCUUCUUUACUACCACAUGGCCGGAAUAUACGGCCUAUACCUUGGACUGACCGCAGCUAAAUGGGCCACAGUAAUUUCAGCAUUCAUUACUUACUGCAUUAGUGGUAUUGGAGUGACGGCAGGAAGUCACCGACUCUGGUCCCACAAGUCGUAUAAAGCAACAAAACCACUGCAGCUAUUCCUGAUGCUGUGUCAGUCGGUGGCCAACCAACAUUCGGUGGCGUAUUGGGUCAUGGUCCAUAGAUUACACCAUAAAUACAGCGAUACCGACGCUGAUCCGCACAACGCGACCCGUGGGUUCUUUUACUCCCACAUGGGAUGGCUGAUGGUGAGGAAGCACCCUGAAAUAGAAAAAAGGGGGAAGCUGCUGGAUUUGUCCGAUAUUUACGGAAAUCCCUACCUCAAAUUCCAGGACACGUAAGUGAAGUUAUGAAUUAAUUAAGAUUGGUAUAAUUACUUGUUUGCCCAUCAAAUAAAUAAUAAAAAUAGUG